AUGGGUACAUAUUCAAGUGUAGUAAACGAGGCCUACCUAGCAGCCUUGGAAGGAGACUGGAAUCGGAUGAUUCUUGCUUACCAUGGACAAAAUUAUGUUUACGUGAUGCUUCCAGUGACGGUUUCAAAAGAUACUUCAUUUCACCUGGCAGUGUAUAGCGAAAGGCGCGAGCCGCUUCAAGGUCUACUCGGUAUUGUUAACAGAAACCCAACUCUCGGGAAUCCCUUGACUAAAAAGAAUACGUAUGGAAACACAGUUCUUCAUGAAGCAGUUGUUGCUGGAAAUAUGGAAGCAGUAAAGCUCUUACUCCAGAUUGUCCCUAGAGAACAGGGUGAAUUUCAUCCUUCAGAGCAACUUCAGGCUAGAAAUAUGCUUGGCGAGACCACGUUGUAUAGAGCUGCUUCAUGUGGUAACAAAGAAAUGGUGGAGUAUUUAGCUAGACUGCCGGGGCAAAUCUCCUACGGCAAGCUAUUAGAAGAUCACCGCAAGAGAGGGGAUUUGACGCCGAUUCUUCAUGCUGCCAUCCAAGGACAACACUUUGAAACUGCUCUGACGUUGCUGAAACUGGAUCCAUCACUUGGCGACAUGACCGAUGAUCAGGGCAUGACCUGUCUUCAUCUCCUCGCUGAUAUGCCUAGUGCUUUCAAGAGUGGAUAUGCAAUUCCCACAAUUUCCAUUAGGAAAUUGUUAUACUGUUGGCUUUCCGCCCCAAAGGGAGAUGGCUGCGACCAGAGCCGGAGUAAAAGAGCAACCAGGGUUCAAAGCAUUGGUACACAGAGCAGUAGAAACAAUAACGAUACUGCUCAUGCAACAAAAUCAUCCUCAGUAAAUUCCACAAGUAUUUCGUGGAAGGACGAAACUUCCUGCUGUCAAGCAAGAAUUGUUUCCGGCCUUAUGCUUGGGAUUGGGAGGUAG